UUAAGUGUACAAACCACCGGAAUCCCCGGGUUUCUUCGGCGUUUGGACGCUAGUUACAGACCGGUUCCCACAAAUCUGCGCAUGCUUGACCGCUCCGCUUUGUCACUCGCACAAUCCAGAUGAUCAUAGUGAUAUAUCUAUUUUCGGGGCAUUCAAUUAUUCCCGGGGGUCUGGUUGUAUCGAUUACAAAAGACCAAGCGAAAUUCUACUCAAGAAGAACGAGAUGCUCAACGCUGAGAGACGGCUUCAAAAUGUAUACGUCAAGUAUUUCGUAUCAGCGGUGAGAUUUUAUGGGGUUAAUUUUAUGGUAGAAUCAAAGGCAG